UUAUCUAUUUGAAGCGAGACUCCGGCUGAACCGGCUCGCCAGAGCAUCACAUUCACGACCCCUUUCCCACGAAAAAGAUACUCUGGUGCUAGCUUUCUUGUCCCAAAAUUCAACCAGCAGCUACAGCAGCCGAAACCGUCCCUCUCAAGACUUGAGGGAACUCAAGGGAGAGGGGAGAUAUUGACGAAAAGCUACAAAUUACUGUUACUGUAGUUAAAAAGAUUUGAUUUUUGUGGAAAAGAAAAUUAGUAAAAGCAAGGAAAGAUGGCAAAAUUAUCAAAGCUAUACACAAUGCAAGAAGCUGCUCAGCAUAAUACCAGCGAGGAUUGUUGGGUUGUCAUUGAUGGAAAGGUAUAUGAUGUGUCAUCCUAUUUGAAUGAGCAUCCUGGUGGAGAUGAUGUUUUAAUCGCCGCAACUGGGAAAGAUGCCACUGACGAGUUUGAGGAUGCUGGGCAUAGCAAAAGUGCCAGGGAACUCAUGGAGAAAUUCUGCAUUGGGGAGCUAGACGAAUCUUCCCUGGCAAUCCCUGAACUUGAAAUUGUUCGAGCAGAGCAAGCUUCUGACAUCUCAAAGAAGAUUGUGGAGUUUACUAAGCGAUACUGGGUUGUUCCAGUAGCUGUUGCAGGCAUAUCUGCGGUUGUUGGCUUUCUAUACUUGAGAAAGAAGUGAUCCAAUUUGCAUCUCAUCCCCUGCAAGCUUAUAACAGCUCGAACCUUUUAAACCAUAGUAAAGACUAGUUUCUGGCAGGAAGAGGGGAGGGUGAGGGGAAGGAAGAGGUUGAAAGAUCAAACAUUUGAUUGAGCAUUUUUUGUGAUUCAUUUGUUGCACCUCCAAGCAGAACUGACUACUGCAGUGAUACCUUCUUAUAGGUUGGCGGAGGAUCUUUAAAGCCAAAUGAGCUUGCAAUUUCGAUUCUGUUUGUCUUUCUUGUG